AAAUGAUAAUCAUUUUUUAAAUUAUUAUUUUUACUUAUAUAAAUGGUAUUUUAUUUGACAAAAUUUAUUUUGUUUCAGAUUAGAUGUAACAUCAGCAGCAAUGUUUCCUCUUCCCCAACUGGACACGUGCUUUUGUCUUGACCAUUAUAACGAGUGCGUGACCCAGAACCCGUUCCUUGCCCAACGCCUUUUCAACCCUUACUUCCCUCAGCUAUGGCUGCCAUUUCCCAUUAAGAUAAACCAACCCCGUCCAGAAAAACCUCCAUAUUCGUACAUAGCUCUCAUUGCCAUGGCCAUUUCCUCGUCGCCAAAGCAAAGGCUUACCCUCAGCGGAAUAUAUAGAUUCAUCAUGGACAAUUUUCCUUACUAUCGGGAGAACAAGCAAGGCUGGCAGAAUUCUAUAAGACAUAAUCUGAGUUUAAAUGACUGUUUUGUGAAAGUGCCUAGAGAUAAGGUGUCACCUGGGGGCUGUGAGCAGUCCGGCGCUGGAGGAAAGGGCAGUUAUUGGAUGUUGGAUCCUAAAGCUGCGAAUAUGUUUGAAAAGGGGAAUUACCGAAGAAGGAAAACGAGACGGCAAAGAAUUGCUGAGUGUACGACCGCUUUGUAUCAGGUGAGAAAUAUUUUUAUUGGGAUGCUUUUUGAUUGA